AUGUCGUUUUUUGGAAACCUUCUCAAAAAAUUUCGGCAGGGUGAAGAGAAACCAAAGUCAAAGCCUCUUCCUUCCGUGGUUGUGGUGGGUGUUGACCCAUCCACCGUUUGGAAGAACAUUGCAGAACUCGGUGACGGCGCAUUUGGUAAAGUUUACAAGGCAUCAAAAAUCAAAACCGGCCAGUUAGCAGCCCUUAAAAGCGUUGAUUUUUCAUCGGAUGAGGAGAUGGAAGAUUUGAUGGUUGAAAUAGAAAUCCUGCAUGAAUGUAAACACCCGAACAUUCUUCAGCUGCAUGAAGCAUAUGUGUACGAGAAGAAAAUUUGGAUGUAUCUUGAGUUUUGUGGAGGUGGUGCAGUUGAUAGCAUAAUGAAGGCUCUGGAUAAGCCUUUAACGGAACCUCAGAUCAAAUUUAUUUCCCAUGAAGUCAUAUCUGGCCUCGCAUUUCUUCAUAAACACCUGAUUAUUCACCGCGAUCUCAAGGCUGGAAAUAUUUUAAUAACUCUGAACCACGAAAUUCGUUUGGCCGACUUCGGCGUGUCUGCACGCAUGGCGAACGAGAAUCAAAAGCGUACAACUUUCAUCGGUACUCCGUAUUGGAUGGCGCCUGAGGUUAUUGCCUGUGAAACCUUCAAAGAUAAUCCCUACGACAUAGCUGCUGAUGUAUGGUCUUUUGGUAUUACUCUAAUUGAAUUUGCUGAAAUGCUCCCACCUUACAAUGAGCUUAAUCCCACU